CCAUUACUCGAAAGCAGAAACGAUUUCCAGCUUAGGAUUUCGCAUUAGCGAUCCUUGUUCGGACAGUUCGGAGACAUGUGGUCACCUUAGACCAGCUGUUAGCUAUAUGAACGGACAAGUAGAUUUCCAGACGGCGUGUUCUUAAAGGGUUGAUAUAGUGUUGUGGUGACGUGUUCUGUAUAGCUGGCAGGAACCACUAGAAUAUGUGUAACGUAGUAGAAAAUUUGUAGGGAAAAGUGGAGGGAUCUAACUGAAAAACGGAAGUUAUUCAUUUGUGUGCCGGAUGAGGACCGAGUUGAGAGUCUUGUUCCUGGGAUUGAAAGGGUUGAGGGGUUGUGGAGGAUUGUGAGGGUUUGCGAAAUUUGGAGUAGAGUCGGUGGAUUUGCUUCGCUUUGAUUUUUUUUUUUUUUUGAAGAUAUUGAAAGUUUGGGUAGUGUUGAGAGGAGUUCUGAGUUUCCAUGAGCGAUGGAGCCAACGGACGCACCAGCGAUUCAAGUGAUAGACGAGGAGGGGAAGUUUAAUGAGCCUGCACUGGUGGAUUUUUGCAAGGCAGUGAAGCUUGCAGAAUGCGGACUCUCCUAUGCGGUGGUGGCGAUCAUGGGGCCGCAGAGCUCUGGGAAGAGUACAUUGCUGAACCAUUUGUUUCAUACUUCCUUCAAGGAGAUGGACGCGUUGACGGGGCGGAAUCAGACCACGAAGGGAGUGUGGCUGCAGCGAGCAGAAGGGAUAGAUCCGUGCACUUUGGUGAUGGAUUUGGAGGGGACGGAUGGGAGGGAGAGGGGGGAAGAUGACACGGCGUUUGAGAAGCAGAGUGCUCUGUUUUCUCUGGCGGUGGCGGAUAUUAUGUUGAUCAACAUGUGGUGUCAUGAUAUUGGGCGGGAGCAAGCAUCCAACAAGCCUUUGUUGAAGAUUGUGUUUCAGGUGAUGAUGAGGCUAUUUUCUCCGAGGAAGACCACUUUGAUGUUUGUGAUAAGGGAUAAAACGAAGACGCCCAUGGAGGUUUUGGAGCCGAUAUUAAGAGACGACGUGCAGAAGAUUUGGGAUAGUGUGCCGAAGCCCGGGAAGCAUAAGGACACGCCGUUGACAGAGUUUUUUAAUGUCGUAGUAACGGCGCUGUCGAAUUAUGAGGAGAAGGAGGAACAAUUUAACGCAGAGGUUGAGCAGCUGAGGAAACGGUUUCAUAAUUCUGUAGCGCCGGGUGGGUUGGCGGGAGAUAGGCGAGCAGUGGUGCCGGGUACUGGAUUUCCUUUUAGUGCGCAUGAGAUUUGGAAAGUAAUUAAGGAGAACAAGGAUUUGGACCUGCCGGCGCACAAGGUUAUGGUGGCGACAGUGCGGUGUGAGGAGAUUGCGCAUGAGAAGCUUCAGAGCUUGAUGAAGGAUGAAAAGUGGAAGAUGAUCGAGGAGGCGUCCAGGGAGGGUGUGGUGCCUGAGUUUGGGAAGAAAGUAAGUUCUAUAUUAGAUAAGUAUGUUUCGGAGUAUGAUCUCGAGGCAGGAUUCUUCGACGAGGGCGUGAGGAUUGCUAAGCGGAAUUAUCUCAUCUCGGAAGCACUUGAGAUGAUCCAGCCAGCGUACGAUGCUGUAAUCAUGAACCAUCGCACUCUCGCGUUGGAGAAAUUCAAAAAGGAUUUGCGAGCCGUGGUUGAAUCCUCGAACCAGGGUUUUGCGGCUGCUGUUCGGCAAUGCUCUGAGACUUCAUUGACUGAAUUCGACCAAGCGUGCGUCGAUUUGAGUGUGUCUCAAGCAUCAUCGGUUUGGAAUCCAUCCAAAGCACGGGAGAAGCUCAAGCGCGACAUCGACGCACAUGCGGAAUCCUUGAGAGCUGAGGCGUUGCAAUCGCUGAAAUCGAAAUACGAGAAGCGUUUGGAGGAUGCCAUUGCAGACCCAGUCGCCGCGAUCCUAGAUGCAGCUCCCGCAGACGCUUGGGCAUCCAUUCGAGUGCUCGUGGAGGGCGAUACUGAGAAAGUCACGAAAGCUCUUCUGGAAGAACUCACUGCAUUCGAGCCCACCGAAGACGAGGAGAAGCAAGUCCUCUCAGACCUGUCCGAACACUCCCGCGCUAUCGUAGUGAAAAAAGCUAAGGAGGAAGCCUCCCAAGCUCUAAUUCGAAUGAAGGACCGCUUCAACAAUAUCUUCGGCCACGACGAGGACUCGCUUCCUCGUGUCUGGGGCGAGGAGCAUAACGUUCGCGCCAUCACAAAAUCUGCAAGAGUGGGUGCUCUCAAGAUGCUUGCAGUAAUCGCUGCCAUUCGAUUAAACCCUAAUUCCGACCAAGACAGCGUCGAAGGCGCCCUCAUGACCCUAGUUGGUGAUUCGGAUUCUUCCUCCGAUGGCUCUUCUGUUGAUGGCUCCGUAAGCUCAAACCCUCUGGCAUCCUCCACAUGGGCUGGUAUCGCUCCUGAGGAUACCAUGCUCACUCCCUCGCAAUGCAGAAGCAUAUGGCGCCAAUUUAGAGCCGAGACGGAGUAUACCAUCAGCCAGGCACUCUCAGCUCAGGAAGCGAAGCGGCAAGGCAAUGCAUGGUUGCCGCCCCCGUGGGCCAUCGCCGCCAUGCUUUGUCUGGGAUUCAACGAGAUCAUGGCAGUGCUCCGCAACCCUAUCUAUCUUCCUAUUGUGUUUGUAGUUUUCUUGAUCGCUAAGGCACUGUGGGUCCAACUGGAUCUCAACCGCCAUUUUCAGUAUGGUGUUCUGCCAGGGAUUGUUUCUGUGUCCUACAGGUUCUUGCCCUCUGUAAUGCAGGCGUUCAAGGGGUUAACGGAUGCAGGCACUGUGAAACCGGCUGAAUUCACAAACUCCAAUCGUAGAAAUGAAGAUAAGCUUGCUUACGAUUAGUUUGUCGAUUGUGGUGCGCAUACACGAAGAGUGGAUGCUUCUUUCUUGCCGCGAAUGUAUGUAUGGCUGAAGGUGUGUACAAAUGUGUAGUUAGAUAAAUUAGGCUGAGUGGUGUAGUUUACGGCGCAAAGGUUUAGUACGUUUCUUACAAAAGCUACGUGACAGGUAAUUUAACUGCAGAGAAGAUCUAAUUUAUCUGGUUUUGUGGAAUAAAUUCUACCAAUCGUUAAAAGGAUUGCUGUA